UUUUCCUCCCUCCUCCCCUCCUCAUUUCAAUCACGACUGAGAAGAGAGCGAAAGCAAAUCUCUCUGUGAGGAGGGGUGGAUCUGGUGAAGGACGGGGCGGAGACAGCGGCGACAGGGACAGGGAGCAGCUCACAGCUCAGCUCAGCUCAGCUCAGACCGGGCCCGCCAGCAGCAGCAGCAGCUGCCCUCCCCGACACGUUCUCAAAACCAGGAACUGAAGCUGAGAUCUUCCUUCUCUUCCCCACCCCAAGGCUUUCAGUAUGCCAAUUGAUUGGAUAAGCUGCUCUUAUGCUGCCGUGGUGACGGUGAGUGGUAUCCUUGGAUACACUCGAAGAGGCAGUGUGAUGUCUUUGAUCACUGGAGUGAUUUUCGGAUCCUUGGCAGGGUACGGUGCCUAUCAAACCUCCAACGACCAGCAUAAUGUGAAGAUCUCUCUCAUCACCGCUGGGAUUUUGACAGUGGCGAUGGGAAUGCGAUACCGGAAGUCUAGACGGUUAAUACCUGCCGGUCUUGUUGCUGGGAUCAGCCUUUUUAUGGUUUUGCGACUUGUAAUCAUGAUGUUUUAAAUCUACAAGCAACUCGCUACAAUAUUGUUCAGAGUUCUGCUUCAACUAAUUAAUCUUUGACCAUCUUUUAAAUGGUAAUUAUUCUGCACAAAAAUUCUUGAAUGUACAAACUUGAUAGAAAGUAAAUCAUCAUUGUGAUAUCUGUUAUAAUAA